AUGUGGGUGAAAAGUAGACAGGUACUGCAAUGUUUACUAAACUUGUACAAAAAUGUGCGUCGUUCUGUGCUAUCCGGAAGAUAUUUGGCUGCUCAAGUAUGUGGUUCCGGAAGACGUGGCGGCUGCCUCUGUUCCUACCGCUGCCGCUGUAGUGCAGUUUUUAGCCAGCUGCCCCAUUCGCUGAGAACUUUGGUGGAUGUUAGGGACAGCGAAACGCAGGGACUUUCAAGAUGAUAUCGUUAACAGAUUCACAGAAAAUAGGCAUCGGCCUAACAGGGUUUGGGGUGUUCUUCCUGUUCUUUGGAAUGAUCCUGUUUUUUGACAAAGCUCUCCUAGCCAUCGGAAACAUCCUGUUUGUAGUGGGGUUGUCGUUUGUGAUUGGUCUGGAGAGGACCAUGCGCUUCUUCUUCCAGAAGCACAAGAUGAAGGCCACCAGCUUCUUCCUGGGGGGCGUGUUUGUUGUCCUGAUUGGCUGGCCCAUUGUGGGCGUGUGUCUAGAGUUCUACGGCUUCUUCCUGCUAUUCAGGGGCUUCUUCCCAGUAGUGGUGGGCUUCAUCAGGAGGAUACCCAUCCUGGGCUCUCUGCUCAACCUGCCCUUCAUCAGCGGGUUUGUGGACAAAGUCGGAGAGAGCAACACUAUGGUGUAGUCACCACACAGGACUAUUGAAGCUGACGCAAUGUAUGGCAGAUACCCAAAGCAACUUUAUGUGUUGAAAUGAUAUCCCUCUAUUUGGUCAAACCUCAAAGGUCACCCGAUGAAUGUUGUGUCACUCAUAUUUUUUAAAUGCUCAUGGAAAACGACAAGGACAAAUUACACAUUUAACACAUACACGCACAAACACACACGCACAAUACCCCCUCCUAUGUUUCAUGAGCUGUUAUCGCAACUAUACGGUCAAAAGUCUGUUACCAUCCUUUGGGAGGAAACUCCGUUGUUCAAUCACCCAAAACUCCUUCUGCCAUUGGACACUGCUGAGAAGAUAGACUGCACCCCCAGCCAAUCAUGAUGUUUUUUGCCACUCCCCACUUGCGCAGAGGGACUUCUUGAAUGUACAGUGGAAUGCCUUUACCUCUUCAUCUUUCUCCUCUUUUCAUCUUCCUUUUUAAUCCAAGAGAAGGUGUUUGGAAAGGGCGUCGGUCAUGGUUUAAGCCUUGCCCCCCUUCGUGCCUGUGGUCAAACCUCUGUCCAACCAAGAUGCCCCAUCUCAGCCAUCAAGUUGACAAUGUGUUACAUUUUUUUUAUUUUGUAAUAUGAUUUGUAUCUUGUAUCGUUUUGCCAGAGUCUUCUGUAAGUUACCUGCAUUGAAGAACCUGGGGCAAGUGUGACAAGUGUCUUUCUAAAGCCUUGUAGGAUGGUCCAGUUGUUACUGUGACUCUGACUUGGUCAGAUGUAUAUUUUUGAGUUUUCAAAACGUGCCUACAGUAAAUCUUGUCAUUUGAAAUGGAAAUGGUCAAAAAGAUAUGAGGUUAAGAAUUUUGUGAAUGGUGAAUGGAUCUUUUUUGUUUUUGUUUUGUUCAUCUGCUACUUUUGUAAAUAGAGUUUUAAAAAAAGGAA